CAAUAUAAAUACCUCAAUUUACUCUCAAAAUCAAAUCUCCCACCAAACUCAACUCGCUUUCCCAUUAAUUUCGUCCAUCAAAAUCCAAUAUUCAGUUCUGUUUCCACAUGUAUCAAGACCCCAACGCCUUUCACUCGUCUUCGUCAACUCACUGGAACCGACUCGAGGACAAGCUCUUUGAACAUGCCCUUGUUUUGUUCCCUGAUGAAGUUCCCGAUCGAUGGCAGAGGAUAGCCGAUCAAAUUCCCGGGAAGUCUCCCCGCGAUGUCAAGGAACACUAUGAGGUGCUCGUUCAUGACGUCACUGAGAUUGACUCGGGCCGAGUUGAGUUGCCUUGUUAUGCUGAUGAGUCAGACGAUUGGGACUCCGCCGGUCAGAUCUCGUUUGGGUCAAAGCCUGUUAAGCAGGGCGAGCCUGAGAGGAAGAAGGGUACUCCCUGGACGGAAGAAGAACACAAGUUAUUUCUGAUUGGAUUGAGUAAAUUUGGCAAGGGUGAUUGGAGGAGUAUUUCAAGGAAUGUAGUGGUGUCAAGAACACCAACCCAGGUGGCUAGUCAUGCCCAGAAGUAUUUCCUUCGCCAAACUAACAUGAAGAAAGAGCGAAAAAGGGCGAGCAUCCACGACAUUACCACAGUGGAUAGCAAGCCAAUUCCACUGGCUGUAGACCAGAACUCAAUGGGUCUGGCUGUAGACCAGAACUCAAUGGGUCUGCCUGUUGACCAGAACUGGAAUCCUCCCCCUGCAGUUUCAGGUCACCAACAGCCACCUACAUAUCAACAGUUUCCUCCACCAAAUCAGUUUCUCAGUCAAGGAGGGUCAAUGGGGUAUCAAAACUAUGGCUUUCCCAUGUAAAUAUAUUUAGAUGUGCAUACUUUGUGUAUAAAGCAAUAGCAUGCUUUAAAUAGUUCAAUUUGUAAAGUCAUAUUCAUGUUCAUUUUAGCUAAUAGGUGAUUAGUAGUAUUAAGAAAGUAGAUCUCACAAUCUAGGUUGAGUGUUUUGAACUAUCUGUGGAUAGUGAGGAAACGUAGUGAUGAAAAGUUUAGAAUACUGUAAGACAUAUUCAAUUCAACAGACAUAUUCAAACUGUUUUUAAACUGUUGGCUUCUUCGAAGAACAAGAUUUGUUGGCUGCUGAGUAUAGAACAAAGCCAAAACUUAACUGCCGCAAGGUUUAGAUACAUUUUGAAGUACUGAAGCUUAUUAAAUCAUGUUUAUGUUCAAUUGAUGCUGUAUUUUUUAUUGAAUGUAAUAUUGCCUAGUAGCGAGAAUACAUAACAUAUGGCUCUCAUUUCUGCAA